AUGAGCGCCCCUCAGGCGAACGACGCCGAGAAGAACAUCGAGAUAUGGAAGGUCAAGAAGCUCAUCAAGCGCCUCGAGGCCGCCCGCGGCAACGGCACCAGCAUGAUCUCGCUCAUCAUCCCCCCCAAGGACCAGGUUUCGCGUGCCGCGAAGAUGUUGGCUGAAGAAUUCGGUACCGCCUCCAACAUCAAGUCGCGCGUCAACCGUCUCUCUGUCCUGUCCGCCAUCACCUCGACCCAGCAGCGCCUGAAGCUCUACUCCAAGGUCCCGCCCAAUGGCCUGGUCAUCUACUGUGGUGAAAUCAUCACCCAGGAGGGCAAGGAGCGCAAGAUCAACAUCGACUUCGAGCCCUUCAAGCCCAUCAACACCUCGCUCUACCUUUGCGACAACAAGUUCCACACCGAGGCGCUGAGCGAGCUGCUGGAGUCGGACCAGAAGUUCGGCUUCAUCAUCAUGGACGGUAACGGCGCGCUGUUCGGCACGCUCAGCGGCAACACGCGCGAGAUUGUCCACAAGUUUUCCGUCGACCUGCCCAAGAAGCACGGUCGUGGUGGUCAGUCCGCUCUGCGUUUCGCCCGUCUGCGUGAGGAGAAGCGUCACAACUACGUGCGCAAGGUCGCCGAAUUGGCCGUCCAGAACUUCAUCACCAACGACAAGGUCAACGUCGCCGGCCUGAUUCUCGCCGGUUCCGCCGACUUCAAGAACGACCUGAACGCCUCCGACCUCUUCGACCAGCGUCUCCAGGCCAAGGUCAUCAAGGUCGUCGAUGUGUCCUACGGUGGUGAGAACGGCUUCAACCAGGCCAUCGAACUGGCCUCCGAGACGCUGAGCAACGUCAAGUUCAUCCAGGAGAAGAAGCUGAUCAACAGGUACUUCGAGGAGAUCAGCCAGGACAGCGGCAAGGUCUGCUACGGCAUUGAUGAUACCCUCAAGGCCAUGGAGCUCGGCGCUUGCGAAAUUCUCAUCGUCUACGAGAACCUGGAGGUCACACGCUGGACUCUGAAGGAUUCGGAGGGCGCUGAGAUCAUCCUGCACACGACCAAGCAGCAGGAGGAGGACCGUUCGCAGUUCUUGGACAAGUGUACGGGCCAGGAGAUGGAAAUCGUCGACCAGAUGCCCUUCCUCGAGUGGCUGGCCGAGAAGUACCGUGACUUCGGUGCCACGCUGGAGUUCGUCUCGGACCGUUCCAGCGAGGGUAACCAGUUCGUCAAGGGUUUCGGUGGUAUCGGUGCCAUUCUCCGCUACAAGGUCAACUUUGAGCAGCUGGCCGAUUACAGUGACGACGACGAGUUCUACGAUGAGAGCGAGGUAGCAAGUCCAGAGAUCGCUACUCCCGGCACUCUGACGGCUCCUCGCUUCGAGCGUCGCGUCGACGCUCAGGAGCCCCGGGAAGACAGCCACUUCGGCGUCCCGGCAUGCCGCUCCAGGUUGUAA